UAUCAAUCGGAAGCUUGAUGUUUAUGCCUCCACACGUGUGCCAUUUAGGUACAGAAUAUAAACAUGUGGAACCAGAAAAUAGUCGUUCCUCCCAUUGUCUGCAACAUGAAGACCACUGUAACAGCAAAUAACAAGGUACAUUACAGAAGUAUGAAAACAACAAUGGCAAAUCUCACUCACCUACUAUCGGAUGUGUCUGUGUGGAAAUCUGAGCUGCACAUCCUGUCAAAGAUGGUCUACAAGAAACACGCACAGCGGAGGAGAGAAAAAACACUACAAGGGCUUAAACGAAUCAAGUCAUGCUUGGAAAGAUUUUGUGCCUUUGAGGGUGUUAAGUAUCUUGAGGAUAUAACAAGGUCACUAGAUUCUGUUGACCUUGAUGAUAACGCUGCAUACCUGCCCUCCAGACAGAUGUUAGAGUUUGUCCUUGUGAGACUGAUGGGUAUGGCAGCCCUGUUAACCCAGACCAUGGCAUAUUGUGUACACACCUUCAUCACUGUUCAACAUGAUCUGGAGAUAGGUAUCCUCAUCCCACAGUCAAUGCUCUUCUUGUCUAUAAUCAGCCGGAUAUGGAUUUUGAGUAACUCUACCUGUAUAUAUAUGGUCACAUGGUACAACUCGCUACAAAAGUGCAUGGACCAUUUGGAACCUACACAAGUUGUAUGGCUUGAAGACCCUAGUAUACUACCAGUUUGUCUUAGCAAGUGGUUGGAGAAGUUUGAAAAGAAAACUUGUGCAACAGAGAGAGCAUCUGUGGUGAUGACUGAACUUGCGACGCCUCAUGCUAACCAGAAACAGGACAGAGGACCUUCUCUCCAGCAGGCCAAAACACAUGGCUUUGUUGAAGAAGAACCUGAGUCUAUACUGAUGACAGGUCAGGAGGGAAACUUUGAUGAUUCUGAAGUAAUUGAAGAAGAUUUAGGAAGCUCAGUAUCAAGAAAUGAUUUUGCAUCAGAAACAAAUACCAACAACAAAACCAGGAAAGCAGAUGUCGUUGAAGGUGGUGUUAUAGAAAUCUCUGAGGAACAAGCUUUUAACAGAUUUAAACUUGCAAAUUCCCUAGACGAUUUGCUUGAACUUGUCAUAAAAACUAAUUGUCAAAACCAUGGUGGCCUGUAUAGAAACAGAUGUGUAAAACGGUUACAAAAACUAAUGGUCAUGUCACAGGAAAAGAAGCAAGGUGUGGCGAAGUUAUUGAGAAAAGGACAAAUAUCUGUCAGAAAGUUUUUAAGGAUGAACACAGAAACAAAAAAUGUAGAAUUGAGUAUGAUUCAGGAUAAUGUGUCGCAGAAACAACACAAGGUCAUAAGUCUAGAAGAACUGAAGGUACAGCAGGAUGUUAGGAAAAUGCUUUUAAACUUCAAACGAAAUCAUCUGAUUUAUCUGGAUCGUGAAGGAAGGUGUCUUCAAAUUGAUGACCACCAAUGUGCAAAAAUAGUACAGACUGCCUUAAAAAAAUGUAUGAAUCGGUUAAGGAAAAAUCCAGAUUCUGCCAAACAGUCAAUUAACAAAGCUGUUAAAGUUGUAUCUUCAGUUGUAGAUCAACUUCAGCGAGAUACGUCAGUUCUUUUGGAGGAUGACUCUUUUCAUACCAACACAAAGCAACGGCAAAAAUCACCAUGUCAAGUGAAAGGAUUAGAUAGUAAUAUGUCUGCAAAAAGGAACAUGGAAAGGAAGAAAAAAACAACGAAAAUGAGUCCAGCAAAGAGUGUGGAAAUUCUUGCAGAAGGAAAUAUAGGAAAGGGGAAAAUAAAGACAAAAUUGAGUGAAACAGAGACAUUGGAAAAUAAUGUAAAACGAAAAUUAGGGAAGAAAAAUCGAAAGUUGAAUAUGAGUGAUGAAACGGCAAUGGAAGUUGAUGCAGUUGAAAAAGUCGACAACAAAAAAUGUAAGAUGGAAAUGACUAACUCAAAGAAAGUGCAUAAAAAGAUUCCUAAAAAUAUUGAUCAUGAUCGACAAAAAACAAAGAGAUCAUCGAUAGAAAGUGUUGAUCUCAUUCCAAAGAAAAAGAAAAUCUUGAAAAAAAUGAAAACAAAAAGUAAGAAAGCUUUACAAUGUACAGUACCCCAAUAAAUUUUCAGGUGGAAUCACAAAAGGAAAUUUGAAUGCAUGUACACAAUUAUGUAGUUAUUAGGUCAUCUGACCCGAAGGGUCAGGAUGACCUAUAGUCAUCAUGCUUCGUCCGUCGUCGUGCCCCGUCCGCCGUGCAUAAACUAUUCACAUUUCAAACUUCUUCUCAAGUUCCAUCAGUGGGAUUUAGCUGAAACUUGCCUGAAAUGAUGCUGGGAUGGUCCUGACCAAGUGUUGUUAUUUUUCG